AUGAGUAUUGAUGGCAAUAGAGUUCUGGUUAAAGUAGCAGAUUAUAUUGUUAUUUCGAUAUAAUUCUGGAAUUCACAACGUUUCUAUGUUUCGACGCUUGUAGAGUAGGUAAUUAGGCACUUAAGUUCUAACUAUAGUAGGCAACUGUAGCCUAUUGUGUGGGUUGUGGGUCUUGCAGAAGACCGAUUGGUAGCGAGCGCUAAGUGCGAAGUAGUAGCCUAGCGAAUAACUUUUUCUACCGAAACGUUUUAUUUGGCUGCACCUUAAAUGGAUUAAUAAUGGCAUAAUUUACAGUUUUGAGUCUGGAACAGACGUGCACGGAUGUGUCAUGCGCAAGGAUCACAAUGCAUCUGGCAUCUAGGUCAACUGUUGAAGGAAGUCCAAUCAAGGAGACUAGUAGAAACAUUAGCAUUGGACCAUUCACCAACCCGGAGGACCUUGCCUGGAGAACAGUUCAGAUGAAAGAUAACAAUGAUCCAGAAGAAGGAUUUAUGAUUAUCACAUUCAAAAAAAGACAGUCCCUCAAGCCUGCAAAAUAUCUGUUCCAGAAGAGACUGAAGUGGUCUAGUGAGCUGGAGAGAGUGCCAACUUUGGAUAAUCUGAGCAAAGGGAGUAGCCAGGCCCAAAUUGGUGGUGCCCUGAGUUACACAGACACAACCCACUGGUACUCCAGCUCUACAGAGAACCACCGCAACAUGCCUGUCAGCGCAUUCACAGAGGAGCAGAAUGGUCGCUUCAGUUUAUCUGGGUCCAUUGGGAAGUUAGUGGGCCAGCAGCUGCUACAUGGGAAUGUGGUGCGCAUUGGUAUCAAUGGAAACUAUAAAAGUGGCAGAAGUCCAGAGAGGAACAUGUCUAUACAAGCACUUGGUACUGUUGUACAAGAAGACACAUCAGAACUGGUUUCUCUAAGCAUCACUGAUGAACUGGAGAAAAGAAAUGCAAAAAUACUCACUCCCAGAUCCCAUUCUGCUUACUUGUCUCUCCCGAUUGUCAGUGAGACCUACCCUGUGGUGUUGCAUGCAGACCAUCGGCAUAAGCCAUUCAGCAGCCCCGGCUUUCACUCCGUGAGUCCUGGACGGGCUGUCUACCAGACCCCAGGGCAAAGAGUUGGCAAGUUCCAUUCGGCAAUCAUCCGCAUCACUCAGUCCUUGCAGGAACAGCACUUGGGGAGAGGUGUGAGAGAGAGGCUGUGGAUGGAGAGGUAUAGUUACCCUGAGAUGUUUCCAGAAACAGCUCAUAACAUGAAGAGAUUGGGGCCCCACAAAGUAAAUCUACAGCAAUUGUCUGCUUAUGGUGAUGUUGUCAAGUCUGCCGAUAUAGAGACAUGCCGUAAACGGUGCCACAGCCCUUCACCCUUGACAGCGAAGACAGCCCCUGUUUACAGAAGACCCUUGGUUCCUGUUCUAACUGCCAGGCAGAAGAGUAUCAUUGCUGCUGAUGUUGGCUGUGUGCUGAAUGGCGUGAACCCCAAGCACUGUCCAGAUAUCAGCGUAUGUUCCUCCAAUUGUUUCCGAGGGUUGCAGGGCACGGCAAGGAUGAAAACAAACGGUUAUCGACAUCAGACACCAUCACUUUCACACAAAGGCCCCAAAACAAACCCAGAGAGCAAGAUGGACUUGAUGUUCAUUUCAAAGCCACUGAAUCAUAAUCCUAACCACACAAAUCCUUUCGUUUGCAGAGAGCUUUGCACUAAGGAGGAGAAUCACUCAGGACAGUCUCAGUCGCCCGUGAGACAGGUAGUUGGUAUAGAAGGUGUGGGUGUGUAUGGUGUGAGCUUUCACCUGUCAAAAGCAAACAUCAGCGCAGAGUACAAAGACCUGAAGGAGACCCCUGCUACGAGAGGAACCCCAGUGCAUGCCCCACCAUCCUCUCCUGUACACCCAUAUGAUCUUGAAAUUCACUUAGAGACAAUGAAGUCAAAUACAAAUACCCCAGUCUCUGCUAAAGAUCGAAAAUGUUUAACAGAAGCUGAAGGGGAGGGCAGAGAUUUUGAGGGUGCUGUGAAAACCAUUUUCCCCUUAGACCAACAACAGGCAAUUAGCAUUCCCACUGCAAAAACUAUGUAAAUCUUGAGAUUUUCACUAAACUCAAAUGCAAAUCCAUGUAAUAGAAAUUCAUUUUAAUUAAUAACUUUAUUAAUCCUCAUACGAGAAACUCAUUUUAGCCACUUCACAGUCCCAAACACACAGUGCAUUAAUGUAACAACACGCACAAUAAUCAUUAUCAUCAUUACAUGAUUAUCACUGGGGAAUUUGGUGCAUAACAUUUUUUUUUAAACUGUUCUAUUAGAUAUCAUGUAUUUCUAAUAAAUAUGUAUGCAUAACACUUAUAUAGAUGUUGUUUUCUCCCCACACCCAAUUAAAAGUUACUGUUCGGC